CUUCUUCAAUGCGACUGAACGAAUCGAGACCGCCAUGCUUACCGACUUGCAACACAAACCCCAGAGCGGCCGCAGCGUAAAACCAACCCUGGCUUCUUCUUGCGAUCCCUUUGUUCAAGGACAGAUUCGCGAUGUCAAGCUUGGCCAGGUAUUCCUUCUCAUCGAGAAUCUGCCGGCCUUUCCCGGCCACCCAGGCACCGGUCUGGAGCGCGUCAUGCAGGGUCCCGAUCCUGCGCACGCGCUGCUGGGUCUGCGGGUCUACGUCCUCCCACACCACAACCUCGAGGACUCGCGGCCGUCCAAGAACCCUGGACACGCCUCCAUCGUUGAAGAUCUCGGCUGUGCUCUCCGAGACGCAGGACAGGAGUUCGUUUUCUGCCUCGCCGGGGCCUUCCUGCGCCCGGCCCACAAACGCUUUCAAGGAGGCGUUCCCGCAGACACGGAUGACGGCGAUCACGGCCGUGAGGAUGCCCAGGGGAGAGACCGCGAAGAUGAAGCUGUCCAGGAUGCUGAUCGACUCGGAGAGGUAUUGUUUGCUCAACCGAUCGCCGAAAAGGGAGAUCAAUGGCGCCUGGAUAGAGACCGGUCUGUUGCUAGGUCGUCCGUGAAAUCAUCCCAUCCUGUGGCUAGAACGCUGGGUGGGAUGGCGAGCAAUGCGAAUAUGAUCAUUUGCCAUAACAUGGCUGGGGGAAAUGCGACUCAAUCGCCCACAGCACCUUUAUGAACACUGUACGCUUUCAAGAUAACUUCUGGCUGGGAAUUUGCUUCUCAUGUUCCAGAUAUAGGAACCACAUGUGGCUGUCCCAGCCCUGUAGGCGCUAUGCCCAUAGCCCCCGUUGGGAGAG